CACGGCUUGGUCUGAUGAGACGGGCGUGCCACACCACGCCUUUGUUGCGGCUGCAGCGGGAGGAAUUGGGAACCACUACACCUACAGAUCGGACAGAACAAGAGACUCCUCGCGCCCUUCCGCUGUCCACAAAUAGUCGCAAACGCAUCGGAUUGUCCCGCAUCCGUACGGAGCUGACCAAGAAGCGGCUGGAGUUCGCAGCCGCAAGCCAACUUAAGGAGAAGACCAGCGAGAAGGAGUCCACUCCAAGAGAAAAAGAAAACAAACCACAAGCAAAGAAUAAAGCGGAACGUACAGUGGCCAGCAAGUUGCAAGAGGAUGAAAGGUGCAAGAUAGUGGAAGACAAGGACCGGCUGGAAGAGGAUGAUGAAAGAGCCAAGAUAGUGGAAGACAAAGAGCACUCG